UAUUAUACAAAGGUAAUGUGGCGAGAAACAUAUAGGGAUGGUAUUAGGCCUGUCCAAGGGAUGCCAUUGUGGCCUAGAACAAAUAGGUUGCCUGUCUUGCCACCACCAUGGAGAAGAGGCAACAGAGGAAGGCCUAAUAAUCAUGCUAGGAGAAAGGGAAGAAAUGAGACUGCUUCUUCUUCUAAUAAGAACAAGAUGUCACGGGCAAAGAGAAUCAUGACAUGCUCUAACUGCCUGCAAGAAGGGCAUAACAGGCAAGGAUGCAAAAAUGCAACAGUCUUGAAUCCACUACCUAGACCAAGAGGAAGACCAAGAAAAAGGCCGGCGCCAGAAGUGCUUGCAACAUUUUCUAGUCAAGCUCAUCCUGGAUCACAAGAGCAAGUGCAAGGCUCACAAGGAUCACAACCUCAUCUUGGCUCACAAGGACAAGGGCAAGGAUCACAAGCUCAUCUUGGCUCUCAACAAGGAUCACAACCUCAUUUUGGAUCACAAGGAUCACAAGCUACAUCAGGGCAUCGAUCACACGGUGCACAAGCUCAUCAAACGCAUGGAGCAGAUUCACAAAUUCAACCAGAAGCACAACCAGAAGGACAAGGACUUGGUAGAUUUGCAUCAUGGUUUCAGUGUUCCACUUGAUAAAGAUUUUCUGAAGUUAUUUUGUUUCUGAA